AUUUCGUAUCGCAGCAAAACGAAUGAAAAGCGCGUACAUUUGCAUGGUGAUUUUGUGCACUGUUUAUUAACUGAUAAAAAUCGUUCUAUUUUGCUCGUUGUUAAAUUGAAAAAGUGGUGCGAAAGUUGAGAUAUAUCGAUAUAUUCUACAAGUUUGCUAUAAACAGGAUGUUCCUUUGUAAAGCCCAGUGGAAAAAGUGAAAUUUCCGCCGGAAUCAUUACAACCCACUUUUGGAAGAAAAACUCGUUUUUCUCAAAUUGCUGGCAUCGCGUUGGCUUCCAGAUUGCCUUGAGAGCAGCUGGUGGUCGAGAAUUUUCCUGUUUUUUAAGGUUUUCUACAAGCUGGGUUAAUUUUUUUGAUCACAAGAGGUUAGGCGAAAGAGAUUAAAUUAGCUUGAAACAGGACGCAAGCAAUAAAAGAGCAUUGUCAGCUGGAUUUAGCUGACCAUGGCCCGCUUCACCGUUUUGUUACGUCGAGUCAUUGGCUUGCAAAGGAUGAGAAUUCGAAAAACUGUUCGGGUUUAGGCGGCCAUCAGAUCAAAGAAUCCCGCUUGUGCAUAUGUAUUGAGGGUUAGAGGUUCCCUGAAGUGAUUGCGUGGAAAGAAGUGCUAUAUUGGCAUUGCCAUUAAAAAUUACAAGCCGUUAAAUAUUAUUGUUAAAUACAAACAUUUAGAGCGAAAAAGUCAUAAUGAGUACUUCUGACGGGGACAAAUCAGUCACCGGAGGUGGACCUAAAAUGCAAGGUGCGGAAGGCUUUGCUGUAUCCGGUUCGUCGAUUGGUGCUGCCGGAGUUGGAGGAUCAGGAACUGGGGCCGUCUCUGCGUCAACGGCUGCCGCGACCACAUAUCCGAUUGACCUAGCAUCAGCUUCAAAGGUUUUGGUCCGACCGACCGAAAAAACAAAUAUGCCAACAACCUAUAGAAUCAAUAACUCGGCCGGCAAUCAGAUGCGUGUUGUCAUUCCGAGCAGUGCUACUCCACAGGCUUUCUAUCGCCAGGCGAUUAAUUUGAAGCAAGACGGUGGUACCAAUCGAACACAAAUUACGGCUCUUCCGGCACGAACAGUUACGCAAACAUCAAUCACAGUGUCGCGAGCUCAAACGCCGAGCACCUAUCACGUGCCUGCGCGAGUGCCACAAACAGUUGCCAACAUUCAAGGACCACGGGCAACUAUUACGACACCGAUUCGUAUCCCAACACCCCCCAUCAGUGCUAACCUUCACACUUACGUGCGUCAACCGGUCCCUUCUCGAACGUCGUCACCGUCGGCUACAAUAAUAUCGCAAGGUACGACCACCUGGAUGCCAAAUGUGCAGGUUCAAGUUCCGACUCAGCUGAUUCGGGCCAACAGCAUUACUCAAGCACCACGUGCGAGGGUUGUUGCGCAAACCAUCCCUGCAAAUCAAUCAUCGGGAGGAAUCAACAAUGCCACUAUUACGGCAAACGUCGUGGCGCACCAGGCAACAACGCAAUCGAAUCAGCAAAACGUAUCCAUCAGUGGAGGUGGGAAUCAGUCACAGGCAUUUGUGGCCACUUUGGCAACAGCGGUUCUUCCGCCGCAACGCCAAAUUACUUCAACACUUGUUUAUACGAACAAUAGCGCUCAACAACCGUACAAUAGUGGAACGAAUCCUCAGCGCCUAACACUGGCGACUACCCUUCCACAGCAGCGACCUACUGGUGUUCGUCCCAUUCAACGUCUCCCAACGACCAAUAUUGGAGUGCGCGUGUCCGCCGGCAGUAUUAGCAUACGUCCACCCAGCGUAUCUGUACUUGCUCCAACAACAGUUCUUACUACGAUAGCUUCUGGCGGUGCUCAAAAUCGAACUGCGACUGUUUCUACGGCGAACAUUUCCAAUACUAUACCGGCUCGAAUAAUUCAGGUACAGAAUCCACAGAGCGGACAAGUUAUCAGUAGCGGUAGAUUACCAACUAAUCUGCUAAACAUUCAGCCGUUGAUUGUUAAUAACCGCAUUCCGCAUAGUAGCAUUCAGCCUAGUUUGACAAUCGCGCAAGUUGGAAAACUUACUCCUGUUGCGGCCGCUCAGCUGUCUGGAAAUGCUGGAACUGGAACGAGUAGUCAAGAAGCACUGAGUAGUGGAGGUGGGUCAGGUACAACGACACUCCAGACUGCCUCAGGACAACAAAUUGUAGUCAGCUCCAGCCAGGUUGGUUCAAACGCGGGUGCAGGCGCCGCAACGAUCAUAACUGGAAAUUUGAUCCAAUCUAAUCAGUCAACUGGCAGCGUGGGACAGACGCAAGGCCAAGGACAAAUCACACAAAUAGUCAACGUAGCACCUGGUGCGAUUGGUGCAUCCGGUCAAGGUCCGCAGAUAGUGACUGUCAGUCAGGGACAAGUUAUAGGUACACCGCAAACUAUUUCAGUGUCAAAUUCUGCGGGUGGCGGAGGAUCUACAACUGUUAUUCCAAUUCCAUCGGGAAUAACUGGGGGUAGAAGUGCUAGCAUUCCAGUUUCUGUUGCUACUUUGUCAACUGGAGGUGGGCAAAAUCUUAUUAGCAUUGGAUCCGGCGGAAGUACUAUUACCGGAAUUGUUCGGACAACCACAAUAGGGGCUGGCAGUGUUUCAGGGACAUCCACAUCUACUAUGCCAUCGAUUCUGCCGAUUGCGAAAGUAACUCCACAACUAAGUAGCUUGAGCACUAUAGAAGCCGUCAGCAGUUCUUCGCCGUACUCGGUAUCCGGAACGGGUGCAUCUCUAUACAUUCAAACGAGGCCUCAGCAACCGAGUGCGGUUGUCUCAACCGGUUCAAAUGCUGGCAAAUCUAGUACACUGAAUGUUGUUUCCGGGAGCUCAUCGGCUUCAAUCGGUAGUUCGGCAACAACGUUCUUACCGACAUCGACAUUUUACUACGAACGAGUAACUGCCUCACCAGCUUCUUCAUCACAGCAAACCGUAACUUCUGCUCCCGGAUUGUCGCAAAGCAUUUCAGCAUUAACAUCGACUACUAUUACUACUACAAGCGCCAUUAGCGGUCCAGUUUUCUCGAUCUCAUCCAGCUCAUUGAGCAGUAACGCAAGUUCAGUAGGAGCUGGCAGCAGCAUAUCGGGAACGAUUGUGACUGGUGGCCAGAUGAACUCAUCCAGUGUUCUCACGACUACCGUUUCUUCGUUGCCACCAUAUGCACCCACUGCCGGGUCGUUCGCUAUUGUGCAAACUGGUAGUGGACGUAGUGGUACUAGCGGGCCUAUUCAUGGUUUGGUAACAUCAUCAACCGGUGCGGUAUCCAAUCAGUCCAUAUCGGCUCAACCUUCUCAAACUCAGCAGUCGUCCAACUCAUCGAUUCAAGCGGUCCCGGUUCGCUUCCAUCCACAGUUACUGGUAGAUGGCGGACAAACGCAACAAAUUAUUGUGACAGGUGCUUCGGCUAGUGCCGGUGUUAGUGGGCAAAACCAGCAGCAUAUGCUGAUUCCAGUGAAUGCCGCUGGUAAACUGGAAUCACCUCAAUCGAGUAUUCUGCGUAAACGGGGUUUAGAAGGUUCUCCAAUUAAACCUGGGAAAGAUUUGACUCAAACUUUGAUCGCAAUGGGAAAAGAGCGUGCCAGGGAGAUUGAACAGCAAAGGGAAAGAGAACGUGAACGCGAGCUGUCACCACCGUCUCGACCAGCAUCGACUGAUGGAUCAACUACUGUAAGCGCAACUUCCAGUCCCGGUGCAGAUCAGCAAGAACAGGAAGAAAUCAAAGCAUUGGCAUUUGCAAACCGAAAUGCUAGUAGUGACUUGUCUUUCAAAUCGGUUCAUGAGGAGAUUUUUUCUCACGAUGGCCAACAACAGUCAGGCCAAUCUCAUUUAUCUGUUUUGGAGUCUUCUAAGCAACAAGGAAAUUGCAAUGCUUUUCCACUUCAUGCUUCUGUUCAACAUCAAAAUGCAGUAGUUCCCAUUGUUGCUAGUGGUAGUAACGGAAACUAUGAGCAGUCACCUCGUAAAAAACCUCGCAAGCAAAAUGUUGCCGAAGGUCUUAAGUCGGUGGCCAACAGUUUACAGUUCUUUGCAAACAACGACGUUGAAACUAGCUAUCGUAUGGACAUUUCAGGACCGUCAAAUACAGCUUCUGGUGAGAGCAGCUUCAGCCAAGCGAUACCACUUCAACAAACCCAAUUGCAACAAACGUCCACACUAUCGAAAAGUGGUAAAAUAAAUGUUAAAAACCCUGCUGUUGUUGCGAAUAAUGCCAUCUGUGGUAACAACACUAAACUUGAUGCGGCGCAGGACUCGGCUCCGGCUGGCAAAGAAAGUACUUCAACCGGAAAAGAUGGUUCCUCGAAUCGAAAACCUCGUAACGUUAGUCUGCUAGAGUCAUACAAACAAAGUUGGAAGGCGGCAAACAAUCAUUUCCAACGCUACACGGAUGUAAAACAGCGAGAAGAACGAAGGCCUACCAUAGUCGACAUAUCUAACCAGUCACAUGUGCUGCAGAAGGUCAAUGGUUGGAAAAUUUAUCACCUUAGUGCACAGAUUGAGGAUUUGUGUGAGCUAGAAUCUCAAGCGUAUGACAAGUUGGAUCAGAUGCUAAAAACCAUGGAGGCAACGCCAAAACCUUCUGCCGAAAUCGAACGCAUAAAUGAAUUGUUGAAGGGCAACAUGCAACGCAGUAAAAUUAUAAUCGAUGGCAUCAAUGAAGCACGAACACAAAUUAUGAAAAUUUUUGAUCACAAAACGCAUGUGUCGGAUAUUAUUCAGCGGUGUGCAUCAAAACGAAAUUUUAAAAAGCGAGAAAAAACCUGAACGCCGCCAUUGUUGAGAUAGAUUGUAAGUUCAUUUUUAACCUAACCUAGAGUCGGUAUGUAGGUAUAGAUCUAAGAUAUUGUAGUAUAAUAGCAGCUGCAUCAGAUGUGGCAAUGAUGUAAGCAGAUUUGUAUAAAACUACACACAGUAAAGCGUACUAAUUCUUCCGAUUGUGUUUCGUUUAGGUGAAAGCGCUUUUGUACAGAUAGUAGUAGUCAUUUAUGAUCCGUGCAUCAAGUAUGAAAUUUUAGACGAACGUAUAAUUUUAAUGUUUUACGAUUUAAUGUUUAACACAACUGUAAGCAAUACAGAAUUAUUCAAAUUGAGAUAUAAAAAUGUACACACUUGUCAUGAUGUGAGAGUAGCAACCAUUCGUGGUAAUUUUCGAUUCUCAAUAGUAGCAUUACAUAUUUGUACUAAUUCAUAAGUGCAAUAACUAACUCAAAUGCGGCGGGAAACGAAGAAAAUCAGCAGUCAACUUUGGUGUUACAAAUUGAAUCGAAAAUUCAACCAGUAGGUUUAGCUUCACUCAGUGCUUUCAUGCUGCGUAAUUAUUUUGUGCUUGAACUAGAAGAAACUAGGAACAUAUUUUCACGCUGUACCAAUUUAGUCGAUCGAAAUAGUAGAAUAAUGGUGUCAUAAAAAGAUGAAUUAUUAGGGGAUAAGAGCGGGUGUGUAUAAAUUUGUUUUAUCAUAUAAGCGUUUUCCAUUGAUUUACUUAGAAUUUUCGACAGAGAUUUAUUUUCUUUGCUAAUUUAAAUGCUUAAAUUGUAAGUAAAUGACCACUUAUUUCUCAAUAGAAUGAUCAAAUAUAUAUAUUGAAACUGACUACCUUACUAUAGAUACAAGUACGGCGUGAAACUGUUUCUAAUCUUUAUAUUGACAUAACAAAUGUUGUGUGUUAAGUAGCGGUUAAUAUUUCAGUAAAAU